UAAUUUAUAGGGCUGGCAAAACGUUAGUAGUUUCUUCACUGAUCGAACCACCUUGCCAGCCUAAAAAAUGCAACAUUUGCUUAGAUUUGAGUCUGGCAGCGCUGUCGCUCUCUUUGAAAGCAGCUUAUGUUUGUGUGUGUGCCAGUGGCGUGGCAUGAACUCUCGCUCUCUUUGGGGGUUGCAUGCCGAACGUAAACACAAACCCUGUUGUUAUUUCGCGUCCACUCACCACGCCUCUGUACUUGUCCGAAUUAAAAGUCUUUUAUUUUGCCGGCAAAAUUGUUUUGUUUCUCGUAACAGCUGUUUAAAUGAAAGCUAAGCUAUCUAGUGUCCCUUUGGCGACUGACAUUUCUAUCGCAUUGUCACAAAAAUAUUGCAGCAGCAAUAUAAUAUUUGUAUUCCGGAGCAAAAUAAUCAACUGAAUUGCAAAUAGCUAACUACCGCAGCAACUGAACGGUAGUUAAUUGCAAAUUACUUCGUAGAAACAGUGUCACAAAUUAAAUAUAACUAUUAUUAACUGAAUUCAGUUUAUUCUUCAUAUCAAUAAAAUGAAUACGCGCAAAAAAACCAAAAGUUAUGCCCAACCGCCGAAAGCAUUCACCGCCAACGCAAAUAUCUGUCGUUUGGUUUCUCAAUAUCCGUGCCUUUAUGACCGAUUAGACGCCAAUUAUUUAAAGGCUACGGUUGUGCAAAAUGUGUGGGAAAAGAUUGGAAAGCAAAUGAACAUGAGGGCUAAAACCUGUCAGCAACGCUGGUGCAAUCUGCGCACCAGCUAUGCUCGUUCCAUUAGAAAGCCUUCCGGAGCAUCUACAUACUAUCUGAACAAAGAGUUGCAGUUUCUUCGGAAUUACAUAACACCCGGUGUUCCCGUUCCUCCAAAAGGUCGACGGACUAGGGUCAGUAGUCAGGAGGAACAGCAGGACCAAACUGAUGAGAACCAGAAGCCUUUAUUAAGGCAUGCGCAGAGUCGCAACACAAACGGACCCGAAGAUGCCGACACUUCUUCCGAGGAGGAUUCUGAAAAUUGCAUGGCUGGGAAGAGAUUGCCUUUGUCCAAGAACAACAAAGAGAAUGUCCAGCCAAAUUUUGAUGCAGCAUUCCUGCAAGGUCUGCUUCCCGAAAUCGAGCGAAUGAACUUUAAUCAGAAGCUGCAUUUCAAGCGUCGCGUUUACGAUUUGCUGGGUGAGAUAUUCGCCCCCGAGAUGGCCACAUCAUACGUCCGCUCGCAAGUGGCCAAUGAAAUCGUAUCGGUUUCCUCCUCGCCUGUAAAGCUGGAGCCCUAGCCACAGGAACAUUCAUAAAGUCGACCGUUUUUUGAACUUAUGCUCAGUACAAAAAUAAUAAUAAUUUUAAUAACAAAUGCUAAUAUUAAUAAAAAUGUGAUAGCUAAUAAAUUAGCUAAUAGCUGA